AUGAGGCGAAGAAGAAGAAGACGAAGAAGAAGGUGAUGAUGCGGAUAGUGCGUACGAUGUGACGACGUUCAGAAUUAUUUUUACUUAAAAUGUGUAUUUAUCGUUUAUUAUUCGCGACUAAGCGUUAACACUAACAUUUGUCUGAAUAAAACAAAGAACUUUAGUAAAAAUAGGUGGUAAAAUAGCUAAUUUUGUGUUAAAUGUGAUUUAAUAAGAAAAGGAACGCGUAGCAUAGUGGCUAACGUAAACAUCUUACGUAAUUGAUCUUUACAUUAAUCUACAAAUAGCUUGUUUUCAAAUAUUAAGAAAACAUGACCGACUCCAAAGGGAAAGCUUUGUGUCAGAGGUCUGAUGUCAGUACAGUUGCUGUCAGGCAGCCUGUGGAAGAACUAAAGAGGAAGAUUCUUGAUGAAGAUCAAUAUAUAGAGAGUUUGGAGAAGAUCAUCCAGAGAGACUUUUUCCCAGAUGUCUCCAAACUUCAAGCCCAGAAAGAUUAUCUGGAAGCAGAAGAGAAUGGAGAUCUGGAACGGAUGAGAGAGAUAGCCAUCAAGUACGGGUCUGCGAUGGCUAAAUACACCCCACGCACCUAUGUGCCCUAUGGGACCCCUUUGACAUUUGUGACCCCAGAUGUUCGGAGUGCAUCACCUUCAUGUUCACAAAGCAAACACAGAGCAGCGAAAGAGGACGGAAAAGUUGGUGAAACAGACGAGGAAAAGGAGCUUCCGUGCUUAGACCGUUUUCUUGCUAAAAACACGAGUGAGGACAACGCAUCCUUUGAGCAAAUAAUGGAGCUUGCAGAUGACAAGGACAAAUUGAGGCAUGCAUGGCUGUAUGAGGCGGAAAAUGAAUACAAAGAGAGGCAUGAGCAGAACCUGGCUCUGCCAUCCACAGAGAAGCAGGCGCUUGAAUGCACAAAGGCGGGAUUGGAAACAUGGCAGUACAAGGCCAAAAACGCACUCAUGUAUUAUCCUGAAGGUGUAAAAGAUGACACGCUGUUCAAGAAGCCGCGGGAAGUUCUGUACAAGAAUACACGGUUUGAUGUUGACCCCUUCUGUAAAGCCCUGAACAAAUCUCAAAUCCAACAAGCUGCUGCACUCAAUGCACAGUUUAAGCAAGGCAAGGUUGGUCCAGAUGGCAAAGAGCUCCUACCUCACGAAUCCCCCAAAGUAAAUGGAUAUGGAUUUGAGGGAGCACCCUCCCCAGCUCCAGGUGUUGCAGAGUCUCCCUUGAUGACCUGGGGUGAGAUUGAAAGCACCCCCUUUCGUCUGGAUGGUUCGGAAACUCCUCUUGUGGAAAGAAGUCACGGUCCAACAUUCAAGAUUCCUGAGCCUGGGAGAAGAGAGAGACUGGGACUGAAAAUGGCAAAUGAAGCUGCGGCAAAAAACAGAGCAAAGAAACAAGAGGCACUGCGCAAAGUCACAGAAAAUCUCGCAAGCCUCACUCCAAAGGGACUGAGCCCCGCAGCACUGUCUCCCGCCCUUCAGCGUCUAGUAAACAAAUCAUCCAGCAAAUUCACAGAUAAAGCCUUGAGGGCCAGCUACACCCCAUCUCCAGCACACGGAAGCAUCGGCUCCAAGACUCCACUCGGAGACCUGGCCACUCCCUCCUCCAGCACACCAACACCUGGUAAAUCCCGAACACCAGCCAAUCAGGACCCAGCCUCCAUCACAGACAACCUUUUACAACUCCCCAAAAGGAGAAAAGCCUCAGAUUACUUCUGAAGCAGCAGCACAAACACAGACUUCAUAAGGACAUUUACAUGACCUUAAUUUAGACCAUAGUUCAUUUGUUUUUAUUUUUUUUUUAUUUGCAAAGCAUUCACACAUCAGCUGAUUCAAAAAGAUGAAUUAGAUAUGUAGCCAAGAGUGCUCCAAAAUGUCACCUGUAAUGCAUUGUUGAAAAUAUUGAAUAUGAAAAUCAGGAACCAUUUUAGAGAGAAGUUGAUUCUGUGCUCCUCCUGAAUUCUGAGCAUCUUCUUGAUACUGAAGUCAUCACAAGAGACAAUAAAGAGAAGUUAUAAUACAGAAUGCUGUUUUUGUUAUUAGUUUGCCAUCCUUAUUGUAUGUGAUUUGUUGGCAGACUCCAAAGUCUAAAGCCUUUGUUCUGAAGUCUUCAUCUAGAAGCAGGUUUACACAUUUCAGAUCUCUGUGGGCAAUGUGCUGGUCAUGGAAGAACUUCAUGAUAAGGAGUUUAUUGAAGAAAUCUUCAGGUGUGCAUUGAUAGAUUCUAGCAGGUCACCUGGAACUUUAAACUUCUCAAAGUUUCAAAAAAACGUCAGAGGUUUUCACAAUUUAGCCACCUAGUGAUUUCAAGGUCUCUUGGAAAAAACUGAAGAAUGGUGGUAGUUUUUAACAGGGUUUGGUAUUGAUACAGAUUUCCCAAUUUGAUUCUGAUUCACAAGCUCUUGAUUCGAUUCAUGAGUACAUUUCUGUUACAAUGUUCAUUUUGCUUUACAUAUGAAAGAAAUUGUCAGCUAAUGCUCUUAAUUAUAAAGGAACCUUCUAGGCAACCCCUCUAGGUAAAAUGCGAAAAUCGUAAUUAUACCGAUUAUAUUUUAUCAUUGGUUUUUCAUGAAACUGGUCACAUUUUAGCUUAUGAAAAAAAAAUUCAGUCUAUUCAUCAAUUAAUGUCUUGAAAUUUCAUAUUAUGUUGCAUAUAUAUUUUUGUUUCAUUUUUAUUGUAUACUUGCAUAAUUUGUACUUUUUAUAAGUAUUUACAUUGAUAUGUAGAACACAUGCUAAAUAGGUACUGUCUCUUUAAGACUACAAGCAUCAGCCAGUGAGUGCAUAUAAGUAGAGAAGACCUGCAUGGUUUCUUUAGCACAUCCAUGUGUGAUUAGCAUUAAUAAUAAUUUUUUUUUUUUUUAUUUAUUUUUUUUUUUAAAUCAGCAACUGCCUGUAAAGAACAGAAAGAGUAUUAAAAGAGACAUUAUUCAA